UCCAUGUGCCCACAUGCCACUCUGCUCAUACAAUAAUACUACUACUUCUCCCUACAGUUUUUCCUUCUCAAAACAGAGCAUUUUCCCCAUUUGUAAUCCCAUUUUUCCCACCUUCCCUCAGCUCUUCUCUUCAAAAUUCCAGCAUCCCACUUGAUUGUUUUUAGCAAAUUAAGAAAAGGGUCAGUUCCAGUUUUGCCAUACACAUCACAAAACAUAUAGGAUCAAUCAAGAAAAGUCAAGAACACCCAAAAAACAGAGGGAAAGAAAAUGGAGAAAAGCAGUGAUGGAUUUGUGAGAGCUGAUCAAAUUGACCUAAAAAGCUUGGAUGACCAACUGGAGAGACAUUUAAACAGAGCAUGGACUCUGGAGAAGAACAAAAAGAAGGCACAAGAUGACUUUUACAUCAACCCCACCACCACCACCAUGGCCGUAGCCCCUGCCCCCACGGCGGUGACCGCCAAUAAUAAUAGUACCACGGCAGCCGCCGCCACCACCACCACCACCACCACCACCACCACCCCCACCCCCAUCCCCACCAUCACCACCAUGAAUAAAGCUUCAAGGAGAAGACAUGAUUGGGAGAUUGACCCCUCAAAGUUGAUCAUCAAAGGUGUCAUUGCUCGUGGCACUUUUGGCACUGUCCACCGUGGAGUUUAUGAUGGUCAAGAUGUUGCCGUUAAGCUGCUGGACUGGGGAGAAGAGGGUCAUCGGACUGAGGCUGAAAUAGCAUCAUUAAGGGCAGCUUUUACCCAAGAAGUUGCAGUGUGGCAUAAGCUUGAUCAUCCUAAUGUUACCAAGUUUAUAGGUGCAACUAUGGGCUCUUCAGAGCUUAACAUACAAACAGAUAAUGGUCAUAUUGGGAUGCCUAGUAAUGUCUGUUGUGUAGUAGUGGAAUAUCUUCCUGGAGGUGCCUUGAAAAAUUACCUUAUAAAGAACAGGAGAAAAAAGUUAGCAUUCAAAGUGGUUGUGCAGAUGGCACUUGAUCUUGCUAGAGGGUUAAGUUACCUCCACUCCCAAAAGAUUGUUCACAGAGAUGUAAAGACAGAGAAUAUGCUGUUAGACAAGACACGGACGGUAAAGAUAGCAGAUUUUGGGGUUGCACGGGUAGAAGCCUCAAAUCCAAAUGACAUGACUGGAGAGACAGGGACUCUUGGCUACAUGGCUCCCGAGGUUCUUAAUGGUAACCCAUAUAAUCGGAAAUGUGACGUCUAUAGUUUUGGCAUCUGCUUAUGGGAGAUAUAUUGCUGUGACAUGCCUUAUCCUGACCUCAGCUUCUCUGAAGUUACUUCAGCUGUUGUUCGCCAGAAUCUAAGGCCAGAAAUACCAAGAUGUUGCCCAAGUUCGCUUGCAAAUGUGAUGAAGCGGUGCUGGGACGCUAAUCCUGAUAAGCGGCCUGAGAUGGAUGAAGUAGUUUACUUGUUAGAAGCCAUUGACACAUCAAAAGGUGGAGGAAUGAUCCCUCUUGAUCAACCUCAAGGGUGUCUUUGUUUCCGAAAGUAUCGAGGACCGUGAAUACUCUUGCUUAGGCACAUAUGCUAGUAGCUUAGCUUAAUAUCAUCAUCUCCUAAACCUCACAAAUAGUAAGAACUGGGCUUCCAGUUUCAUGCAUUGAGCUCCAGCUCCGCUUCUAUAUCAAGCAUUGUAAAGCUUUGGUUUUGCUUCUUUUUUAUUCCUGUUUCUUCUAUCGUUUUCGUGAUUUUAGCUCUCUUAUUUUACAAUUUGUAUAUCAAGACAUCUCGAUAUUUCAUGAAA